ACGUCUGGCAUCAACCCAAAAUGUUGUUAAAAAAUGUGUUAAUAAUUUUAGUAAUUGUGUACACAAUUGAUGCUGUUAAGAAAAGCUAUGAUGGCUAUAAGUUGUAUCAGAUAGUUCCUAAAGAUGAAAGAGAGGUGGAUAUUUUAAAUGACGUAUAUUAUUCGAAUCUUGGUGAAUUCUGGGUUGAAUAUUUUAAAGCCAAAGAUGAUGUCAAGGUUAUGGUAUCUCCAAAAAACCUUGAGAAGUUUCAAGAAGUACUUAGGGUUGGAAAUGUUGAAGCUAAAGAAAUCAUCGGCGAUGUUCAAAAAGUAAUCAACGACCAACUAAAACCAGCAACCUCAAGAGCAUCUGAUACCUACCUAUCCUAUUCAUGGUCAGCUUACCAUGACCUUGACGCCAUCUAUAAGUGGUUAGACGAGCUAGAAACGAAUCAUACCGAGGUCAAAACUGUAGUAAUGGGCAAAUCAUUGGAAAACCGAGAUAUCAAAGGAAUAAUUAUCAAUUACCAUCCCGAAAUCAAUAAACCGAUUGGAAUGAUAGAAGGUACUCUUCAUGCACGUGAAUGGAUCUCAGCAGCUACUGUCACUUGGUUUAUCAAGGAGUUUUUAACUAGCACCGAUCCUCAAAUCAGGGCUUUGGCAGAAAACUUUGAAUGGCAUGUCUUUCCAGUUGUGAAUCCAGAUGGAUAUGUUUACACUUUUACUGAUAAUCGUAUGUGGAGGAAGAACCGGAGUCCAGCUAGCGCCAAGACUUGCGCCGAAGGAGUGGACGAUGACAUGAGCCACGGUGUGGACCUCAACAGGAACUUUGAUUUUGAAUGGGCCACUGUUGGUGCCUCGAAUGAUUCAUGCACUAACACAUACGCGGGCCCAAGUCCGGCCUCGGAACCUGAAACUAAAGCUAUUGCCGAAUAUGCGCUAUCUCUCAAGAAUAAAGGAAACUUCAUGUACUACCUCUCCUACCAUUCUUACACUCAACUUAUUAUCGUGCCCUAUAGCCAUGUUCAAAGUGACGGUGCCCUGCUUUCUGGAAACUAUGGUGAUAUGUUUGAAAUUGCCGUAAGGGGUUCUGACGCUAUGAGAAGAAGAAACGGAACUGAAUAUCGAGUGGGUCUAUCUGUACACGUUUUGUAUCCUAUGAGCGGUUCAAGCUUUGACUGGGUAAAAUACUACACGAAUGUACCUAUCUCAUAUCUUAUCGAACUUCGCGACCUUGGUGAGUACGGUUUUCUGUUGCCCCCAGAACAGAUUAUACCUACAGCCUUGGAAAACAUGGAUGGAUUAAUUGAGAUGGACAGGACUGCAAGAUCCCUGCGCUAUUACGCUCACACAUCUGGAGCUAGCAGAGUACUAGUUUCUGCUGUUGUAGUUGCCUUUGGAAUUGUCAUGUCUUUGUUAGGUUAAUUAAUAUUUUGAAUGUUGUAAAUUGUAAUAAUAUUUAUUGGUGUGAAAAUUGUUUCAUUUUCCAAACCCAUUUAUUUUAUCUUGCGUCUUUAGGUCUUAGCGAUAAUGCCAUUAAAAUCUUUGUUCGCACA